CCAUUUUUUUUUUUCCUUGGAUCCAAAUUCAGGUGAUUCUCUUUUUCAGAAAAGAAGUUCUUGUACGGGUUACGCCAAUCGUUGGUUCAAAUUCGAAUUACAAUCAAUUAUAAAAAAGAAAAAAGAAAAAACCAUGGACGCCCUUUAACGCCUAGGUGCCUUCCCGAGCUCCUACGCCUAUCAGGAUCACUUGUCCAAAACUUUCUUUUUCUUAGCUCUUUGUCAACUCCGCCUCCCUCUUCUCUUUUCCAUCUUCUAUAUAUAAUAUGUGUACUCUUCUUUGCGUGCUCCUCUCCAUCUCUUCCAAUUCUCUGCCAUGAAUUCCUCCUCCUCCGCCGCUACCACCACCACCACUGCUGCACCUACCCCCCUUUACAAUCGCAAAAAUAUCAAGGUCACCCCCAUUGACGGCGUUGACAUGGUCAAGAAGAUUGGUAACAGUAAUGGCGUUCCCCAUGGCGUUUAUGGGUUUGACCCUUCCUUUAUGAAAUGGACGCUGCGCGAUGUGGUCAAUGUAGCUAAACGUCAUUGGUUACCAUGCUUUUUAGGACUUGGGUUGCUGUUUUUUAUGGGCGUGGAAUACACGCUCCGCAUGGUUCCAGCUUCAUCUCCGCCAUUUGAUUUGGGGUUUGUUGCCACGCGCCGCUUACACCUGUUGCUUUCCUCGUGGCCGGAGCUCAACACUUUGCUGGCUGCUCUUAAUACGGUGUUUGUGGGUAUGCAAACAGCAUAUAUAAUGUGGACAUGGCUAAUAGAAGGCAGGCCAAGAGCUACAAUCUCUGCUCUAUUUAUGUUCACUUGCAGAGGGAUUCUUGGCUACUCCACUCAGCUUCCAGUUCCUGAGGGAUUUCUAGGCUCAGGAGUGGAUUUCCCAGUAGGAAAUGUGUCUUUCUUCCUGUUUUUCUCAGGCCAUGUUGCUGGUUCUGUGAUAGCAUCGCUGGAUAUGAGAAGAAUGGGUAGGUGGGAAUUGGCAUGGACAUUUGACGUGCUUAAUGUUCUACAAGCGGUGAGGCUGCUUGGCACUAGGGGUCACUACACCAUUGAUUUAGCAGCUGGUGUGGGUGCUGGUUUUCUGUUUGAUUCACUUGCUGGGAAAUAUGAAGAGGGCAAGAGAAAGGAGGCCAUUGGUUACUACAGCUAAAGAGGAUUUCUUCAGUUCAAAGAAGGGGGAAAAUUGCCAUUGCAGUCUGUAAACAUAAUUUUGAAAUAUCAAAGGAAUUGUGUAAAGAAAAGAAGGGCUUAAAGAACAGUUGUGUCUUUGUUUCUAGGUUAUAUACUCUUUACCAAAAGCAGAAUUGGGGGGAAAAAAUUUGUUUCUCUACAGAGUUGCUUGGAAACUUUCGGUUGAAUAGUUGUGUCAGUGGGCGGUGUCAAUGGAAAAUGAGAACUUUGGAGACAAGUAACCAUGUGGUGGGUUGGUGCUUCUCAAUCUCAUAAGUCAUAAUUGCACUUGCAGAAUGAAUACCUACCUCACAAAUCUAGCCUAUUUGUAAUUUAGUCAUGUAUAUAAAUCUUAUAACUAAAGUUUUAACAA